GGAGGCUGAGCCCCGGGCGGCGCUGUCCACACGCAGCGGGUCCUGAAAGCGGCUUCGGGGCGGCGCGGUGGCGCACUGUGCGCGCCGAGCAGGCGGAGGGCUAGCGCCGGCGGCGGCGACGGCGGCGGCGGCGGCAGAGCGGGCGUUAGAGCCGGCAGGGGCUUCAUCUCAACACCGACAGCCCCGGCGGCCCCGGCGGCCCCGGCGGCAGGGACCCUCAUCCUCUCUUGCGCCCCUCGCUCCACGCUGGGCAGACGCGGCCGCUGUCCCGGAAGAGGCAAGCCACGGACAAUCCACCCGGAACCCCGAGAGCAGGCAGCGGAGCUCCAAGAGUUGGUAGCGUGAGGCACAGCCAGGCGCGAAGGGGCCGGGAGCUGCGGGGCCCGCGGGAACUUUGAAGGCAGCGGGUCCCCGGCUUUGAGGGUCGCAGCUUCGGGGCGCACCGGGCUCCCAGCUUCAGCAACUGCAGCAUCUCAGAAUCCGCCGCGGCCUCUGCGCGGCAGGAGAGGGAGUUCUCUGUAACUUCGUCGGAGACGUCGGAGAGGCGGCUGGAGAGAGGUUGGAGGGACUGGUCCGGCUCCAGGGACACGGAGCCGCGGCAGACAGGAAGGACCUGGCGGAGGUUGAAGGGUGGGCAGACCCUCGAGACAGCAAGACCGAAGCAGCCUGGCAGUCUGCGGCCUCGCUGCCCCGGACUGAGACGAAGGGCCCUGCGCUCGCGGCCUCCUGCGGGCUGCUGGUCCCGCGCUGGGCUCCCCUAGCAAUCCUGGAGGUGGGCCCCUGCGCUAUGCCCUCGACGCCGCGGGAGCUUGGGCCGCAGUUUCUCCGGCGCGGGCCGGGAGCCGCCGCUUGAGCCCGCCGAGGAGCAAAGCCAGCCGGAGUUGGGCGCCCCGCUCCCGGACCGACUGACUGAGUACCGUUUCCCGCCUCUCGGCUCAGCUCUCUGCGAUCUUCCGCAGGCCGCUCCGAGGAGGACCCCACGGCUGCAGAGGUGUUUUCUGAGCUAAACUCCCACGGUGCCCGGCCUGGUGGCGCGGUUCCCUAAGGCGCCCUGGGCAGCCCUUUGGCGCCGAGAGGCAGCGGUGUGGGCCGGCCUGCAGUCUGGAGCGCCCCGAUGGAAAUACACUGUAAGCACGACCCGUUUGCAUCCAUGCAUAGACAUGGAGGAGUGAAUCAGCUUGGGGGGGUUUUUGUGAAUGGACGGCCACUCCCAGAUGUAGUCCGCCAAAGGAUAGUGGAACUUGCCCAUCAAGGUGUCAGGCCCUGCGACAUCUCCAGGCAGCUUCGGGUCAGCCAUGGUUGUGUCAGCAAAAUUCUUGGCAGGUAUUAUGAGACAGGAAGCAUCAAGCCGGGGGUGAUUGGAGGAUCCAAACCAAAGGUUGCCACUCCCAAAGUGGUGGAAAAAAUUGCUGAGUACAAACGCCAAAAUCCUACCAUGUUUGCCUGGGAGAUCAGGGACCGGCUGUUGGCAGAGCGAGUGUGCGAUAAUGACACAGUGCCCAGCGUCAGCUCCAUCAACAGGAUCAUCCGGACAAAGGUACAGCAGCCCCCCAAUCAACCGGUCCCAGCUUCCAGUCACAGCAUAGUGUCUACAGGCUCCGUGACGCAGGUGUCGUCGGUGAGCACCGACUCCGCAGGCUCCUCAUACUCCAUCAGUGGCAUCCUGGGCAUCACAUCCCCCAGUGCCGACACCAACAAGCGCAAGAGGGAUGAAGGUAUUCAGGAGUCUCCAGUGCCAAAUGGCCACUCACUUCCAGGCCGGGACUUCCUCCGGAAGCAGAUGCGGGGAGACCUGUUCACACAACAGCAGCUGGAGGUGCUGGACCGCGUGUUUGAGAGACAGCACUACUCAGAUAUCUUCACCACCACGGAACCCAUCAAGCCAGAGCAGACCACAGAGUAUUCAGCCAUGGCUUCACUGGCUGGAGGCCUGGAUGACAUGAAAGCCAACUUGACAAGCCCCACCCCCGCUGACAUCGGGAGCAGUGUUCCAGGCCCGCAGUCGUACCCCAUUGUCACAGGCCGAGACUUGGCAAGCACAACUCUCCCGGGGUACCCUCCACACGUCCCCCCCGCUGGACAGGGCAGCUACUCUGCACCAACGCUGACAGGGAUGGUGCCUGGGAGUGAGUUUUCUGGGAGUCCCUACAGCCACCCUCAGUAUUCCUCCUACAACGAUUCAUGGAGGUUCCCCAACCCAGGGCUGCUUGGUUCCCCAUACUAUUACAGUGCUGCAGCCCGAGGAGCGGCCCCACCGGCCGCGGCGACCGCCUAUGACCGUCACUGACCCUCAGAGCCAUGUGGGCGCCAAGCACUUACAACACAUAUCAUUGAGGGAGACAGCCUCCCAACCCCCAAGACAGACAGAGGGGCCCAGCAACUCCGUCUCCCACCCCCAUCCCACAGUCGCCUGAAACAUCCUUCCUCCCCACUUUGUCCUGCCUGGGAUCCAGGUAGGGCUGUUGGACCUCUCCAUCCUUGUCAUUUCAAGAGUCACUUGAUGAGCUUCUCCAAGUGGUGACAGGGUCUCCGCUGAUCUGAAGACCACUGCAGCCAAGCCCAGCCUGCCAGCCCCCUUGACUGUCUGACCAUCUCUGCGUUUCAGCCACAGCAGGCCUGGAAAGGAGAGCUAGCUUUUCCCACUUCACAGCACCCAUGUAAAUACCGUCUCGCUUCUCUGUGGACCCGAGGGUUCUGACAGAGCAGAUUAGCCAACCUACAGUGCAACCCAGGACAUCUUCCACUUGUGCACAGAGCAUCCUACUGCCCCAGUGCCCUGUCAGGUAUCUCAAAGCUGUCUUUGAAACUGGCAGUGCCUACCUUGAGGAUGCCUGGCCUCUAGUUCACUCUACUUCUCUGCUGUCUAGAAGGCUCACUGGUGGUCAUGGUGCAAGUCUCCUUUGAGGUUUUCCCCCAAGAGGAAUACACUUCAGAGAGAUGACCUGGCUUCUUGUGUCCAUUUCCACAGAGCCAUCGCAGUGUCAAGAGUCCUUUUCUUGAUCAAGGGACUCCAAGAGAACUGUCUGGGACAUCCUUCAGCUGCUGCUCUAAAGUAAGAGCUAUCCAAGUGCUGAGUCAUUGGAGCUCUGAAUGGCUGUCUGGAUCAAAAGAUCAUGUGACCCAGGCCACAGGAAGGUCUGAGGCCCCCCUGAUCCUCCUGCCCCCCCUGGAAUCACCAAACUGAAUAUGUUUUCUGAGGCAUGUCCAGGCUCAGGUCACUUUGGACAUCAGCCACAGACACUUCAUCCAACAACAGUCCUUUGCGACCCCAACUACUGGAUUCUGGGCAAGUCUGUCCUAGCCACAGAGACAAUGUCUAACAGAAAGGACUUCUCCCUGCAUUGAAGAUCAGCAGAUCCCGCAGGCGGCAGCCAGGACCAGAGCUUCCUCUCACACAGCCCUGCCCACCUUUGGAGAGUACAGUGUGUGGCUGGGCAUGGAGGUGCUGGGGAUGGUAGUGGGUGCCUGACACACACCAUGCAGGUCAAUCUGCUGCUACAGGAGAUGGAGAUGGAACUCGCUGUGGGAAAGGUAGAGGGAUAUGUGGGAGACAGAGGAAGGGCGAGGGAGGGACAAGCCAAGCAACAAGGAAUUAGUGAGUGACUUGGGGGUGGGUUUAUGUCUAGGGUGCCCAGUGACACAAUUUCUUCAUCUGGAGCCUCUAUUCUCUGCACAGUCCCUCUUGCCAACUCCGAAGAGCAGAAAAGAACCCCAGUGUAAACUGAGGCUGAAUUGUAAUAAUAAUGGAGAACUUGACCGUUUCACAUGUGACAGUGUCCCCGGGCCGGGGGUUGUGCUGUAGCUAUACUGUGGGGCCUCAGACCCUUUACCUCUCUGAGGCUCUUCUUGGCUGACCUCAAGCUUAGUUCACGAUUUUUCCUUCCUCCCAGAGAGCAGAGGUGGUGACUGACACCUAGGUCAGCCCUCACUUUUGAACAAGUAGGUGGGGUCUUGCUAAUGUUCCAAUCAAGUGUAAAACAAGAAUGGGAAACAGGGGAGUCUUCAAAAAGACACAGUUGAGUCCCUGAGAGGAACUGAGGCCCAGCUUAUGGAAGCCCAGAACCAGACAGGGAGACCAAACAGACCGCCUUCCCAGGUAUUUUGUGCCUCAAUGCCCCCAACAGAGAGUGGGGAAAAAGAAUAGUGGAGGCUCUAAGCAGUGACUGGGCUGGGACUUGGGCCCCUGACUUGUAUCAUAGGAUGAUCUCUGUCACCUCUACCUUCCUAUCUCUUGUUCCUGGGAGAGAAAGUGGCAGUGAAGACAGCAGGAGGUAUGACUUGUGCCAGAACUCCAGACUAGGCUUCCAAACCAGUACGACUGCCAAGGUUCCCCGGUCCCCAGGCCAGAAGAGGCACAUGAGCUCGAAGCAGGCUGGGGACCUGGGGAACUCGCUAGGCAAAAGAAAGUAGCUAGAGCUCCAGGCCACCUCCAGAAGCUGAGUGAGCUGCCUCCAGCCUCCACUUGUCAGCCAAGGUAGGAGAAGGCUGUGUCCUCAUUCCUCUUCCCCGUUCCCACCCUCCCUCUCUUCUAGCGAUGUUCACCCAGUGCUUCUUGCAGUUUCAACCUGUUGGAAAGAGGGCAGGCAGCCUCCUUGAACCAGCAGCUCAGUUCCUCACACCUUCCUCAGCCAAGCCCACCCUGCCUGCCCCACAGUGGCUCCCUCCCCAGCCACCUGAUCUAGCCCCUGGAAGGAGCUCCAUCUUCCCUCUCUCACCCAAGGAGCUGCUGGUCCUCAGAUUGGAGACUGUAUUUAUUAGACAACCCGAUGGUUCCUGGGAUGCCAGGUAAAAGCACAAGAGCCCAGAGGCGCAUGGCUGCUCAGGCACACACUGCUCUUGCCAGCUCUUGGGAUGCAGGAGCACAUGUGCGUUCUCAGGCUCGCACACCUGCACACUCGCACUCUCACACCACAGAUGCACAAUGCCAGAGAACAGAGUCGGGGGGCUUUAGCAGCUCCGAGCCAGGAGACCCAGGCAUUCCUCCAUGGGCCUUCACUUCUGUCGUCCUGUUUGAACUUUGUGAAAAAAGAUAUUUUCAUCUUAUUUGUCUAGCUCCAGCCUGAGAACUUGUGUUAGAUAGCAAACCCACCAACCCUUUGCUAAGGCACCUUCUCAGAGACCGAGCCUUCCUAACCGGACGACACUGUAUAGUGCUUUGUAAUGCAAAGACCCUGAUAUUUGGGGCUCACUGUGAAGAGGAUGAGUUGAAUUCUCAGAUCUCUGAGCCACACUCUGCCUGCAGAAUUGAGCACCCAAGGACCACAGAACAUACCGUUUGAAGACAUUCACCCCCUGGGUCUUCCAGAAAUUCCCAGACAUGCAACAAGGAAAACAGAACCCAGAAACUGGACCAGUAACAGGAAGGGUCUAGGGACCGGUGGCCUUGCUGGUCCCAUUAACACUGAAACUUUUAAUCUUUACAUAAAUUCAUGAAAUCCUUAGUGUUUGGUUGGAGCCUUUCCCUGCUGUUCCCUGAGGCUCACAGGACAGUGUGUCUGUGCCCGUGCCACAGUCCCUAGCAAGGCCUAGACAUGAACCUACUCUGGUGCUCAGAGUAGACGGCAACAGUUCCAUGAGCCAUCCCUCUCUCUCUUUUCUCCGCCCUUUUUACUUUGGAAUAAACUGUGACAAGGUGUAAGAGAGCCUGGGCUAAAACCUUGGCUAUCCAUAGGCCAGAAAACAGACAGACAGACAGCUAAUUCAAAGCCAUGCCUGGGCAGGGUACAAAGCAGCAGUGUAUGGUGUGGCCCCAGGUAUCAAGAGUAUAAUUGGUCCAUGGACUAGCACCUCAAUAGUGAAAACUUUUAAAACACUCUGUUGGCUAAAAGAAAAGGCUGUCUAUAGACUGACUCCACCCAUCGUAGUCCUGUCAAAGCCUCCAUCCCUCUUCUCUCUCUUUUAUAAAUACUUGGGGUAGAUGGCAGUGAGUCAAGAGAGGUGUGAGCUGCUUGGACUCGGGAAAUGGUAGUGGGUGAAACAACGGAUGUCUCGGGUAUGAAGGGAGCUGUUGGUUUUCUAUGUAUAGAGCCCCAGAUGUGGCCACAGGGCAUUGAAGGGUGAAAUCCCUUUAUGAGGAGUCAGGCUCCAGAGUGGCUGCCCUGCCUUUGGCAGCCUUAGCUCUUUGUAGGUGACAUUUCAGCUAGAAUUUAACUCCAAGCCAUGGGGAGCAAAUCUUAAAAACAAACCCAGCACUCCCAAACAAACACUAGGAGCAAGUGACGUCUGACACACAGUCUCUCGGGAGUCCCCUGCACAGGCCAGGCUAGGGUAGGUCAACCCCAUAGGUCUCCGAGUUAGACCAGCUCCGUGGUGGUCCUGGCCUUGUCACUGUCUGGAGUCCAGGCACACACCAGUGCACCCAGGGAAAAUUUAUUCCUUCAGGGCUUUAGCCUCUAAGAGGUCCAAGGCACUUGCAUUUCUUAAAAGGAAACAAAAUACAUGAUUGGAGACUUGGACAGUCAGGCCAUGACUCCUCGCCCGAAGUCUGCCCUGCCUCCCAGUGGCCCCUUCAGCCCCUUGGCCCUUGUUGUCCAUAGACCUCAAGAUCCCAUUUUGCAUAUUCAUGAGGGAGCCAUAGAGUUGAUCCACACUUCCCUGCUGUCAGCUCAGGCUGUUCCUGUAGUGGUGCUGGGUCCCCAAGGGCCAGUUGCAGAGCACACAGUGAGUCCCUUGCACAGGUGCUGUGCAAAUGCAUAUCCAUCGGCUGUACACUGAGCUGCGUGCUGGGAGCAGGCACCCAUCUUUCUCUCUGUCUUUGGUAAUUCCUCAGCACCAAGGCCCAGUUCCUGGAUACCUCCAGGACCAAGAGAACUUAUAUCCGAUCACUGCCAUUCAUGGGUUUCAAUCCAGAGGUUCCUAUUAGUACAUCAGGUGACGCUGAGCACAGCCACCUGGUGAUACCUCUGGAGCCUUUUGCCCACACCAUAGAUUCCUGAGCAACACCAAGCUGUUGUUUUUAUUCUCACCGUGGAAAUGGCCUAGCAUCUUGGUGGCAUCUUGAUGGAUCCGGCUCAGCCCAGGCAGCUUUUGAGCAUGGAGCCUGAGAGGAAGGCAACAUGAAGGAUUAGGGACUUAGCAGCUCUGUGCCUCUCACUGACUCUAAGGCCUGAUUUCAGGAGACCAGCCUGCAGUCUCCCAUGCCCCACCUGGGUGCACUCACCUGCUAAGGCUGCCGUACAUGGUCACUGAGUCCCCCAAACCACCAUGCACAUGGCACAAACCCCAUCUUCUCCAAAAGCACCACUAAGAACAUGUCAUGGUAGGUUUUUGAUUUAUAAAUGGUGCAUUUCCCUUCAAGUGGAGCAGAAAGGAACUCAUUUAAUGACCCCCUCGUUUGCAAGCACGGAUACAUUUUAAUGAAACUGUUUUAUUGUAUUUGAGGAAAAGGAGAGUUGAACAUUCCAACCAAUCAAUAGCCAAUUAAUUGCUAUAAAUGUAAAAAGAAAAUAAAUCCCAAGUCUAUUUUAAAUAUCUUGCAAGACUCAGAGCCUCAGAGG